GUCCUCCGGUGCCCGGGCGGAGGCCCACCCUGACCCGAGAGCCUGCGACUCUGUUUUUCGGAGGCCGAAGGACGACCAGAGCGCCCCGGGGGGCCAUCCUAGCCUUGUCCUGUGGGCACCGGCCAGCUGAGUCAUCAUGUCCGCCCUGACACCUCCGACCGAUAUGCCAACCCCUACCACAGACAAGAUCACCCAGGCGGCCAUGGAAACCAUCUACCUUUGCAAAUUUCGGGUGUCUAUGGAUGGAGAGUGGCUAUGUCUCAGGGAGCUGGAUGACAUUUCCCUUACACCAGACCCAGAACCUACCCACGAAGACCCCAAUUAUCUGAUGGCCAAUGAGCGAAUGAACCUGAUGAACAUGGCCAAGCUGAGUAUAAAGGGGCUGAUCGAGUCGGCGCUCAACCUGGGGAGAACCCUCGACUCCGACUAUGCCCCUCUCCAGCAGUUCUUUGUGGUCAUGGAGCACUGCCUGAAACAUGGCUUAAAAGCCAAGAAAACUUUUCUUGGGCAAAACAAAUCCUUCUGGGGCCCGCUGGAACUGGUGGAGAAGCUUGUUCCUGAAGCCGGAGAGAUAACAGCGAGUGUCAAAGAUCUUCCAGGCCUUAGGACGCCUGUGGGCAGAGGGAGAGCCUGGCUCCGCUUGGCAUUGAUGCAGAAGAAGCUCUCGGAAUACAUGAAAGCCCUGAUCAAUAAGAAGGAACUUCUCAGUGAAUUCUAUGAGCCCAAUGCCCUGAUGAUGGAAGAGGAAGGGGCAAUCAUCGCUGGUUUGUUAGUGGGUCUGAACGUCAUUGAUGCUAAUUUCUGCAUGAAAGGAGAAGAUUUGGACUCCCAGGUUGGAGUUAUAGAUUUUUCAAUGUAUCUCAAGGAUGGAAACAGCACUAAAGGUAGUGAAGGAGAUGGCCAAAUUACUGCGAUUUUGGAUCAGAAGAACUAUGUAGAAGAACUUAACAGACAUUUGAAUGCAACAGUAAACAACCUUCAGGCCAAAGUGGAUGCCUUAGAAAAGUCUAACACUAAGCUGACCGAGGAGCUGGCAGUUGCCAACAACAGGGUCAUCACACUGCAAGAAGAAAUGGAACGUGUCAAAGAGGAAAGUUCCUACAUAUUGGAAUCCAAUAGAAAAGUCAACAAGCAAGACAGAACUGCAGAUGGGCAGGCACUGAGUGAAGCCAGAAAACAUCUGAAAGAGGAGACGCAAUUACGACUGGACGUGGAGAAGGAAUUGGAGAUGCAGAUCAGUAUGAGGCAGGAGAUGGAGCUGGCCAUGAAGAUGCUGGAGAAAGACGUGUGCGAGAAGCAAGAUGCCCUCGUUUCUCUGCGCCAGCAGCUAGAUGAUCUCAGGGCCCUCAAACACGAGCUUUCCUUUAAGCUGCAGAGUUCAGAUUUGGGAGUCAAACAAAAAAGUGAAUUGAACAGUCGCUUGGAGGAGAAGACCAAUCAGAUGGCUGCUACUAUUAAACAACUGGAACAGAGAUUGCGCCAGGCUGAGCGAGGCCGCCAGUCUGCUGAGGAAGACAACCGCCUUUUCAAGCAGGACUUUGGGGACAAGAUCAACAGUUUGCAGCUGGAGGUGGAGGCACUCCUCAGGCAGCGGGGCCAGCUUGAGCUUGAGCUGAAACGGGAAAGAGAAAGAAGAUUACAAAAUAGUCAGCGUGCUCCAGAGAAAACCCCACCAAAGCCAGAACCCAAAAUGGACGGGAAGCAUAAAAUCCAAGCGGAAAAUGAUAAACUAAAAAAGCCCGGGGAAGAAGGCCACACAAUUCUCCCUACCAAACUGCAGCCUCCUUCUGAUGAUCAGCAGGAUCAGCCGUCCCUGUUGAGAAAGCUACAGAGAUGCCAGCUGUGCCAUGAAGAGGGCAGCACCACCAAGAAUGUGUGCAAGAAUUGUGGAGGCACCUUCUGCCAGGCCUGCUCAGCCAGCGAGCUGCCCCUCCCUUCCAGCAUCAACCCUGAGCCAGUUUGCAAUCCUUGUCGCGACCACCUGUUGAAACAGUACUCGGUCAGCCCAUCCUAAGGCUGGGAACCAGACUGGGGACAGAUGGCUUCAUCCUGGGCUAAGGGGCAGGAGCUCGCACCAAAGGCCACACCUUAGAAUCAGCCAGGACUUGCAGAGGGAGAGAAAUCUGACGUCACAGGAGCCAGGCAGGGAGGGUGGGUGUUCGGAGAGCUCAGAACGACCUUCCCUCUUUCCACAGUGACGACAGAUAAAAGCUCAGUUGACUUUUGUCUCCCCUUCAAAGUGUCCUCCCUUCCAGAGUAUAUUUAUUGUAUAGAAUGACUUUAGAUGGCCAGAUAAGCUCAGGAACAGAGGCAGGGUCACUUGCUGAAGAAAUUGUUCAAACCAUUGGAGAAAAAUAAUUUAGCACGUACAACCAAGUUUCCUUUAGACCUGUUGAAUUGGCAGGUCCAAGGAAGAGCAAAUGAGAAAGGUCAUUUUUUUCUCCCACUGGAUGCUGAUGAGUUCAUCCUCCCAUCCCCUCUAAUCGUCUUUGUCAAACUGUGAACACGACCUCAGGGAUACUGGGUAUAUAUUCUGAACGUACUUAACACAAGGUGGCUUUUUCUUUAAUCUACUUUUAGCAUCAAGAGGUUUCUGCUGUUGGCCUAAAUUCUUUCUGCCAGAAUUGCAAGAGUAAAGUGGGGACUUUCCCCAAGUCCUUACCACAAGCGCCCUGCUGAAGUCACCUGUUGGCCAACAUCUAAAUUCCAAUAGGCCAGUCCUAUAGAAAAAAAGAUCAAUGCUUCCAGAGUCCUCAACAACACCUGUUGGGGUGGAAAUUUUAGGAAGUCCUUGCAGAAGUGGGGACUAUGGUUGUGAAAUGUCCCAUCGGUCAGACUGUUGUCUUUCCUCUUUCAAUCUUUAUUACAGAGGACUGCUUACUGAGGGUAAGAAAGGGAUCUAUUCAGAAACAGGUGAAAUGAAAAGGCAUCAAUUUGAAAGCUAUAGGAGGGUCAUUACAAGGACUUUAGCUUGAAUGUGGAGAACUGGUCUUGGUCAAACCAAGCAGAAAUUAAACCUGGAUUUUAUUUGUCCACAACUGAGAGUGGAUGGCUCUGAAACGAUUGUGACUUUAACCAGUUUUAACAGUUACUUUUUCUCGGCUGGACCAGUGAUUUAGAAACACAAAACAUGUCUUCAUAGCAGAAGCAAGGGUUUGGCAUUAAUGGCACCCUUUAUUUGAUGGGUCACACUGAGACAACCCUUGGUAGAAAGGAAAGGGAGGUAAGACAUGGAAUGUUUAUUCCCUUUAGAAAAUCUCUGUGGGAGAAUCACGAGACAAGGGUAUUUGGGUGACCUUGCCCCACCUUCAGCUGGAGAAAACACAACAUUCUGCUUGGACUUCAAACUCCUAAGAAAGAAAUAACUUAGUCCAGUAAUACUUUUCUUAAAAAUGUCGUUUGCUAGAAAGGAUAUGGGGUCUGAGAAGAAUAAGGUUAUCUUCUUAAGGAAUGUUGGAGAAAUCCCUCAGAAAACUAACAGUGCCACUGGGUAAGGUUGGCAUUCGAGAUUACUGAGGAAAGUUAAACAGUGAUUUGUGAUUUUUACUACUGAUUUUUUUCUAUCUAGGCUUCUCAGGAAGUACAAGUUACUCCAAAAUGGCAAAGGUGUUUGGGAUCUGUCAGCCCUAAGGAGGUGUGAAUUCAUUGUUCAAGGUGUCUAUCUAUUCGAUGAGGUUUUGUUUUGAUUUUCAAAAAAUAAAGCCUCUAAUGGAAUCUGGGUGCUUUGUUAUUACUACAGUAAUUGAAGGAGAUGAAGGGAUUACUAGUAUUACUGCUUUUCUCUGGAAGAAUUAAGAAUAUAUAGAAAGGGACACCAGCAGUUUAGUCCAAUAGAGAUCCCGAAUUGACUAAAGGCACUAAAGUGUACAGCAGAUUGCCCCCGAAAUUAGAUUAUUUGCACUAAAGAGUGCUUUAAGAGGGGGCUGAGAUCUCUGAAACUUUUAGUCUGCUCUGUAAGAGGUGGCCUGCAUCCCUCCACAAGCCUGAUACAGGGUCAUUUUGCAGAAGACAAUCUGCUGCUGCCUCUGCUAAUCCAGGAUCUAUAGAGCCCAUUAAAACAAUCUUAUUAAAUGAGUUGACAGCUAAGAAUGAAAAUUCCUGCUUUUCUAUGCAGAAGCAGUUAUUUUAAGAGUUUCUAAGCCCUGAAAAGAAAAACUUUUUCAGAUUAAAUCUCUCUAGUUGAUUCUUGUAGAUAAUUUCAUCUUCAUCCCCACUUGCAAACCCAAGGUUUACUGAUGUCCUUAUUUCGCCCCACCAUAUCCACUGUUUUGAGUUUGUUAGGAACAUCAGAUUUAUACUGACUAAAUGAACUUUUAAAAAAUACUGUUUUUCUAACAAAUUGGCUUUGUUCCCUUUAGUCACUAAAGGCCUGCUUGGUUGAGGACUCCAAAUCCAAAGAUUUUGGACACUCCUAAUAUAAAUAGCAGCCUUUUGUGGUCCUGGAGCAACAGAUAAGUGUCUAAAGAAAGAGUAGGAAGGUCUCUUGACGUGUAUAUAGGAUCAGCUUCCAGAAAUACUCUAAAAGCAUUGCCAGGCCAAAAAUAAUGCUGAGGGUAGUAUCACAACAAAAAACUUGAUGGUUAAGCCUAUGAGAAGAGGAAUGGACCAGGCCUUUCAGUAUUCCAGUGCGUGAAUCAGACUGCUCAUUUCCCAAUUUUCCGGUGUUUUUCUUCACUUCAGAUCAAGUAAGUCACCCAACUUGGGCUGUCAGAUCUUGGGGCUCCCUCCAAAGCAGGGGUUCCCUUAGGUCGUAGAUAGAUUUCUAGGGUGUUCCCUCGACUGACUUGAAUUCAAAGGUUGUAGAACAGUUUUGUUCUUAAAUAAAUUUAUUUGGUGAUCUUG